CAACUGUGCUACUUGACUUUACCAAAACAACACUUAUGACAAAUCUAAUGAAACUAAACAUGAAAAUUCAUGUCCAAACUCUUCUAAAUUACCCCAAAUGGAUCUUCUCUCUCACUUGCUAGCACUUUCAGGCCUAGUGUUAUUGCUUGCUCUGUAUCUAUGGAGAUCAAAGAGAAAUCCCACCAAAAAAAGCAAGGCCAACUUAGCCCCAGAGCCCUCAGGAGCCUUACCAUUCAUAGGUCAUCUCCACAAGGUCAAUUCCCAGAAGCCAAUCUUCCGAACCUUAGCCGAUUUCGCCGAUAAAUAUGGCCCAGUCUUCAGGUUCCGACUUGGGGUUCACCCUGUUCUUGUGAUAAGCAACUACGAAGCAGUCAAGGAGUGUUUCACCACACACGACAAGACCUUCGCCUCGAGACCGAGGUCAGCUCAUGGGACCAUCCUAGGCUACGACUACGCAGCGUUCGGGUUCGCACCCUACGGACCAUACUGGCGGACCAUGAGGAAGUUGGUCGUUGUUGAACUUCUCUCCAGUCGCAGGCUCGAGACACUGAGGCAUGUCCAGAUAUCAGAAGUCGAAAGCUUGAUCAGAGACUUGUAUGGAGUUUGUAAGACCAACCCUUGUGAUUCAACCAAGGUUGUGAUCAGUGAGUGGAUCGAACACUUCACGUUGAACAUAAUAACUGAGAUGAUUGCCUCGAAGAAGUAUUUUGAGGGUGGGAGUGGGAAAAAGGGAGUCGAUGGUGAGGCUGAGAGGAUUGGAAAACUCAUAAAGGAGUACAUGUUCAUAUCUGGGGUGCCUGUGGUUUCUGAUCUGAUCCCAGUUCCGAAAUGGAUUGAUAUUCAGGGACGACUGAAAUGUAUGAAGCGAAUUGGGAAGGAGGUGGAUGUUUUGAUAGGGAGUUGGGUGGAGGAACAUAUUGGGAGAAAAGACGAGAGUUUGAGGAGUGAAUCAAAUCAGAAUAAGAAGGAUUUCAUUGAUAUUAUGUUGUCUGUUAUUGAGGAAAGUCCUGGGCUUAGCUACUCUCGUGAAACCAUUAUCAAGGCAACGGUUUCGACUCUAAUCAUAGCAGGCUCCGACACCACAGCCCUAAACUUAACAUGGACACUAGCUUUGUUACUAAAUAAUAGACAAGUGUUAAACUGCGCCCAAGAAGAGCUUGACCGCGUAGUUGGGAGAGAAAGAUGGGUUGAAAGCUCUGAUAUAAAGAACCUAGUUUACCUUCAAGCCAUUGUUAAAGAAACCCUACGUCUAUAUCCACCAGGGCCACUAUCAGUUCCACACGAGGCUUGGGAAGAUUGUACGGUUUGUGGGUAUUCAGUUCCAAAGGGUACUCGUUUGUUUGUGAAUGUGUGGAAGUUGCAUCGUGACCCGACCUUAUGGCCUGACCCUGAAUCAUUUUUGCCUGAGAGGUUUCUCACGAGCCAUGCGAGAGUUGAGGGAUCGGGUCAGCACUUUGAGUUCAUCCCAUUUGGGUCCGGGCGGCGAGCUUGCCCUGGAAUGACUUUCGCCUUGCAAGUCACGCAUUUGACUCUAGCUCGGCUUCUUCAGGGGUUUGAAUGGUCAACACCAAUGGAAGCUCCGGUUGACAUGACCGAAGGCUUGGGUAUUACUUUGCCAAGAGUGAAUCCACUUGAAGUUCUUCUAAGCCCACGCUUAACUAGCGAAAUGUAUUAGCUUUCAGUAGAGAUUAUUCUAGCUCACGUUUUAUGUUAAAUGUAUCGACUUUUGGAAGAGAAUAAAAGUAAAAUAUGUUUAUACGGUGUUA